CGUCACAGAUGAUAACAUUCACAAGCAUUUGGCAACUACGCGCUCCAGUCGACAAAAUUUUCAAUGUACUCGAAGUUUAUAAAGGUAACGAUAGAAUGAGUGAGCCACAAUUAAAGAAAGUGAAGAUGUCGAGUUCACUGGCUCAAUUAAAAGAGAUGACAACAGUUGUUGCCGACACCGGUGACUUUGAAGCCAUGGAACAAUUCAAACCGACUGAUGCAACUACCAAUCCAUCCUUGAUUCUUGCUGCAGCCAGUCAAAAGAAAUAUGCUAAUUUAAUUGACAAAGCUGUUCAUUAUGGCAAAAAAACAGGAUCCACAUUAGAAGAACAAAUUGAAGCAGCAUUAGAUUUCACAUGUAUCUUGUUUGGUAAAGAAAUACUUAAUAUUAUUCCUGGAAGAGUUUCUACAGAAGUAGAUGCUCGGCUAUCAUUCAACAAAAAUGCUAGCAUUGAAAAAGCAAAAAAGUUGAUUGAUUUAUAUGAAGAAAAUGGAGUAGACAAGGAACGUGUAUUAAUUAAAUUAGCUUCUACCUGGGAAGGUAUUCAAGCUGCAAAAGAACUUGAGGAAAAGUAUGGCAUUCAUUGCAAUCUAACUCUUUUAUUUUCUUUCACUCAAGCUAUUGCUUGUGCAGAAGCUGGAGUAACUCUUAUUUCACCUUUCGUUGGCAGAAUUCUUGAUUGGUACGUAGCAAACACAGAUAAGAAAGUAUAUGAAGCUAAAGAAGAUCCAGGAGUAUUAUCAGUUACAAAAAUUUAUAAUUACUAUAAAAAGUUUGGUUAUAAAACUGUUGUAAUGGGUGCUUCAUUUAGAAAUACAGGUGAAAUUAAGCAACUGGCUGGUUGUGAUUUUUUAACUAUAAGUCCAAAAUUAUUGGAAGAAUUGGAAAAAAGCAACGAACCUAUUCGUAAAGUAUUAACAGAGGAUGCAGCUAAGAAAAGCGAUCUACACAAAAUCAAUUUAAAUGAAGCCAAAUUCAGAUGGCUUUUAAAUGAGGAUCAGAUGGCAACUGAUAAACUAAGCGAAGGUAUUCGUAAAUUUGCAGUAGAUGUGCGCAAACUUGAAAAACUAUUGCAAGAAAAAUUGCAAUAAGUAUUUUCAAAAAUAGUUGCUCAUAAAUGUAAUAAAUAAUUAUUUUGUAAAAAUGGUUAUUAAAGAUAUACUUUAAAAUGUA